ACCCUCGUAGAAGCAGCGUUGCCACAGUGCGCACGCGUCACCUUUCAGUACUGCAUUCUGGGUAAAAAAAAUGUGUCGGGAAAAAUUUGAAGAGCGCAUGCGUGCGGCGAUUCCUUCCUUUUGCCUCUUCGUACCUGUGGAAGCAACAUGGGUCACCAGCAGCUCUACUGGAGCCACCCGAGGAAAUUCGGUCAGGGCUCUCGCUCUUGCCGCGUUUGCUCCAACCGACACGGUCUGAUCCGGAAAUACGGCCUGAACAUGUGCCGCCAGUGUUUCCGUCAGUACGCGAAGGAUAUCGGCUUCAUCAAGUUGGAUUAAGUGAUCUUCAAUGGACAUUAUUCAAGACAUCCAUUCAGUGGAAGAGACAUGCUAAUUCUUUGUACAUAAAAUAAAAAAUUUAAAAGUUUC